GGGUGGAGCCUGGCCAGCUCAGGCUGCUGAGGGACUCGCCCCCGUUGGAUGCGGUGGAGUUUGAGCUUUGCUGCAUCCGUCACUGAAGAACAAAAAAUAAGAGUAGAGGAGACAAGCUGCAGACCAUGGGAGGCUGUGAGGUUUUCUGAAACGUUUGUUGGGCUUUCCGCGGAGCAUGAGCUUUUAAAACGAAUUCUUUUUAAAGAGACCUAUUUGUGUAGCUGGAAAAAUGAUACACAUGCUAAAUGCAGCAGCCUAUCGGGUGAAAUGGACCAGAUCCGGUGCUGCUAAAAGGGCUGCCUGCCUGGUGGCUGCGGCAUAUGCUCUGAAAACCCUCUAUCCCAUCAUUGGCAAGCGUUUAAAGCAGCCUGGCCACAGGAAGGCGAAAGCAGAAGAUUAUCCGCCUGCAGAGAACAGAGAAAUACUGCAUUGCACAGAGAUCAUCUGUAAAAAACCUGCGCCGGGACUAAAUGCAGAUUUUUUCAAACAGCUACUAGAACUUCGGAAAAUCCUCUUUCCAAAACUUGUGACCACUGAAACGGGGUGGCUCUGCCUCCACUCGGUGGCUCUAAUCUCAAGAACAUUUCUGUCUAUCUAUGUGGCUGGUCUGGAUGGGAAAAUCGUGAAAAGCAUCGUGGAAAAGAAGCCUCGGACUUUCAUCAUCAAAUUAAUCAAGUGGCUUAUGAUUGCUAUCCCCGCUACCUUUGUCAACAGCGCUAUCAGGUACCUGGAGUGCAAACUGGCAUUGGCCUUUAGAACUCGCUUAGUAGACCAUGCCUACGAAACCUAUUUUGCAAAUCAGACUUAUUAUAAGGUGAUAAAUAUGGAUGGGAGGUUGGCAAACCCUGACCAGUCUCUCACUGAAGACAUUAUGAUGUUCUCACAGUCUGUGGCUCACCUGUAUUCCAACCUUACCAAACCUAUUUUAGAUGUAAUUCUAACCUCCUAUACUCUCAUCCGGACAGCUACAUCCAGAGGAGCAAGCCCCAUAGGACCCACCCUGUUAGCAGGACUUGUGGUGUAUGCCACCGCUAAAGUACUGAAAGCUUGCUCGCCCAAAUUUGGUUCACUGGUGGCUGAAGAGGCCCAUAGGAAGGGCUACUUGCGGUAUGUACACUCCAGAAUCAUAGCCAAUGUGGAGGAAAUUGCCUUCUACAGAGGACAUAAGGUAGAAAUGAAGCAACUGCAGAAAUGUUACAAGGCUUUAGCGUAUCAGAUGAACCUUAUCUUAUCCAAACGGUUAUGGUACAUCAUGAUAGAACAAUUCCUGAUGAAGUAUGUGUGGAGCAGCUGUGGACUAAUUAUGGUGGCUAUACCUAUUAUCACUGCAACCGGCUUUGCAGAUGGUGAUCUGGAAGAUGGUCCAAAGCAGGCUAUGGUUAGCGACCGGACAGAGGCCUUUACUACUGCCCGGAAUUUAUUGGCCUCUGGAGCUGAUGCAAUUGAAAGGAUUAUGUCUUCAUACAAAGAGAUCACUGAACUAGCAGGCUAUACUGCUAGAGUGUACAAUAUGUUCUGGGUCUUCGAUGAAGUGAAGAGAGGCAUUUAUAAGAGAAGUGUCACUCAGGAGCCUGAAGACCAUAGCAAGAGUGGAGGUACCACAGAGCUACCCCUCAGCGACACCCUGGCCAUCAAAGGAACAGUUAUUGAUGUGGAUCAUGGAAUCAUUUGUGAAAAUGUUCCCAUAAUUACCCCAGCGGGCGAAGUGGUGGCUUCCAGGCUAAACUUCAAAGUAGAAGAAGGGAUGCAUCUUUUGAUAACUGGUCCCAAUGGUUGUGGGAAAAGCUCUCUCUUCAGAAUCUUAAGUGGGCUAUGGCCUGUGUAUGAAGGAGUCCUUUAUAAACCGCCUCCCCAACAUAUGUUCUAUAUUCCUCAGAGGCCAUACAUGUCACUUGGAAGUCUCCGGGAUCAAGUCAUUUACCCUGACUCCGUGGAUGACAUGCAUGAGAAAGGUUACACAGACCAAGACUUAGAACGUAUUCUGCACAGCGUGCAUCUCUACCACAUAGUUCAAAGAGAAGGAGGAUGGGACGCAGUCAUGGACUGGAAAGAUGUCCUUUCAGGAGGAGAGAAGCAGAGAAUGGGGAUGGCACGGAUGUUUUACCAUAAGCCGAAGUACGCGUUGCUGGAUGAGUGUACCAGUGCCGUGAGCAUCGACGUUGAAGGAAAGAUAUUUCAGGCUGCUAUCGGGGCUGGGAUUUCCUUACUAUCCAUAACACACAGGCCUUCUCUGUGGAAAUACCACACUCAUCUAUUACAGUUUGAUGGCGAAGGAGGCUGGCGCUUUGAACAGCUGGACACUGCUAUCCGUUUAACGCUAAGUGAGGAAAAACAGAAGUUGGAGUCGCAGCUCGCUGGAAUUCCCAAAAUGCAGCAGAGACUCAAUGAACUAUGCAAAAUUUUGGGUGAAGACUCGGUGCUGAAAACAAUCCAAACUGCAGAGAAGACAUCCUAACUUAUCUUGACAUUUUUUCAAGUUAACGUCUAGGUGAAGCCUCAGAGACUCUCUCUUUACUGCAUGCAGUAUGUUAAGCUAAGUGCAGAGAAAGCAAGCCAGCAAAAAAAGUAUUUUGUAUGAUUUUGGCAUUGAGGAAAUAUAUGAUGACUUUUCAAAUGAAGCAAAAAGCAAAUGUGUUAGUUGAGGUUAGUACCCAGUGAAAGACUAACUCAACUGUAAAGCAGAACUUUCUAGGAUUAGAAGAAAGUGUGUAGCCUGGGGUUCUUCAUGUGGGAGAAUGCCCUAAAACAAAACAGCAAAGGCACCAGGAGGGCUGAUUUCAGCUGUGUAGAAUUAAAACCUUGAGAGUCUUUCAACCCAGUUAAUAGGUACAAUAGGUACAAUACCUGGAAUCGAUAAUCAGCAUUGCUAGGGGCCAACUAAAUCUGUGUACAAAAUGAGAGGCAGUUUGAUACAUAAUUUCAGUCUAAAAAGGUGUAUUUUAAUGAGAGUGGUUGAAAACAAGCAUGGCUAGACAAGUAUAAAGUACUAUAUUUAAAUUUUUCAUACCUUGAGCAUCUUGAUACAGAUACGAAAAAAUUUAAAAAGUGUAUUUGCUUAAGAACAAAUCAUUUUACUUUUUAAAAAGAGAAUUGCCUGUACAGAAGAGGAGGGUCUGAACAAUGCUUGAUCUGGCUGCUGCUUGACUCUGCAGUGCUAUCUACUACAAUUUCUAUCCAGAAAUACUGUUUGUUUGGUGCCCAAAAAAGCAUUUUAGAAACUUGAUUGCUGUCCUAAAUUUCCUUGAUCCUGGAAAUCAGUUAUGUUCCUACAUUCAUUUUAUCUUACUCUGUCUGUGAAGCAAUCUUUUAAGGCAUACAAGUUUUUGUUCUAUUUUCUUCUGAGAAAACAGACACUCAGAUUUACUUUAAUCACAAGAUUUAUUUUGGAAGAGCCAUAGAGAUCAAUGAAGGUUUCAUGACCCUCUGAUCCAGUGCUAUCAUCACUAUAGGCCCUUAAAUUUAACUGGGAUAUAAUGUCAAUUUUAAAAUGAUGUGGACCAGGUAGAUGACCAGAAAUGGAAUUGUUGGCAAUGAAGGACAUAAGGGAAAAUUUAAGUAUUAAAUAAAUAUCAUUCAGUCAUGGAGAUAUGACAGUUGCUUCUCUUGUAGGAGACCUGAGUUCCAUUGCCAGCAUCUACAUGGUGGCUCAAAAUUGUAUCUAAUUCCUGUUCCAGGGGAUCUGACACCCACUUCUGGAUCCCAGGGUCCCUGCGUGCAUGUAGUCCUCAUACAUACAUGCAGACAAAAUACUCAUAGCAUUAAAAGUAAAUAAAUCUGAAAGAUAGUAAGGAUAGUGAAAAUUAGCAAUGUUGAUGUUAUUAUCACUUAAUUACCAUUUUCAAGAAAUGAAAAUUAAGUUGGAAAUGCAAUGGUCAUUGGUCUUUGACUUAAAAUCAAUCAAGAACGUCAACACACCUCAGCUGUGUACAUCCGCCUGACGUGUCUGCAGCAUCAGCACUGAGAAGGGCAGUACAUUGUACCUCCAGUAAGCUGCAUAGUGCUGCUGCUCCUGAGAGACAAUCUGUACAAGUAUGUCAUGAAAUAAGCACAUCUGGAGUACAGAGCCAUGACUGAUGUUUUAAUCUCAUCCUCUCUCAGGCAUGGUGAGGUAUGUAAAGACCUGAGAUGAACAGUUUUAGGGGCAUAAGAUUUUGUUUAUGUACUAAGGCAGCACUUUAGCAGACACUAACUUGUAAUAAUAGACUGUUUGGAAGAUAGACUACCUGGAAGUCAUUCACAAUGAUUGUUGUAAGAAAUUGCCGAAUUUCCACAUUUUCAAUUCCACAAAAUCUACAUAAUUUGAAUUACCAAUAAAUGUAACCACCUUACAUGAAACAAUACAAUAUAAGGUCACAAAAAGUACUUUUUUAUUUUGUCUGUUACUACGACUUCUUACUAAAAAUGUGGAGCAAGAAUUAAAUAUUUUGCUUAGCAAAAGUAUAGAACCAGAAAUUAACACUUGAUUUUUUUUUAAAACAAUUCACUAAUCUUUAACAAUCAUGUUAGCAGUUACCCAGGUUAUAGUGCUAAAGGAGAAACAUUUGAAGCAAGUGUCUUAUAUUAGGUCUAAAGGCACAAGGGAAAUUAAAAGUUCACAUUUGAAAGUAUACUUUUCAAACUUUAAACCCUGUAAGACCUGAUAUAUCACAUUUUUAAGCUUUGCAAACGAUGCCAACAUCAAGACUAGAUUUGUAAUUCGAUCUUAUUUAAUAGAUGUUACGAAUGAGCUGAAUCAAAAUAAGUAAGACUCGUUACGCAGUGGACAGGGUUCAGUGAUGUUUGAAAUGCUAUACUAAAACGCUAGUCAUGAAAUUUAAAUGUUAAGGUUUCAAGACAAGCUAUCUGUUUCCCAGUAGCUUUUUGGUAACUACUGAUUUUCUGAAUUGCUUUUUUUCUGAGACCAAACACCCUCUGACUUGGAGGAGAACCUGAUGUGAGUUUGUGUUGUGUAUAAUCCAACUCUUUCCAAAGUGGUCCCGCGGGAGACCAGAGCUGAUACUCUCACAGGCAUACUUGUGAAAACAUAAAGACCACUGAGACCUCUUCUUUGACUAGGACAACGAAUAAUAAGGAAAAUGAAGUAUAGCUUUAGCUGGCAAACUAAUCUUUUCCUCAGAAAAGGUGUAAAUUCAUGGAGCUUGAUUAUUUGGGUGGGGGGGAUAACUCAUAACCUGCAUUGUGACAUCCUAUUUCUGCAGCAUGCUAUGGUAUGCCGAGCAUGAGUCUGACGCUGUGUUCACUCUUAUAGACGAGAUAAUUGCUAAAAUCCUCUUGAAUCACAAGGUUGAUGAUCUUACUUGAAAACCAACCCAGUUUACCCUAUGUUUACACAGGAAGAGUUUUCCUUCUAUAGUAAUUUGACUUUUGACCCAAAUUUUCAUGUGUCAAUAAAGGUCUAAACAAA